GUGAUUAAGUUAGUGUGAGUGUGUGUGUGUGUGAGAGAGAGAGAGAGAGAGAGAUGAAUGAAAAAUGAAAAGUCGUCACUGUUGAAUGGUGAAAGUUUUUGGGAUGAACUCUGACGUCACCGUGAGGAGCCCAGGAGAGCGCGCGCGCCACUUCCUCGUUGGAGAUCGGUGGAGUGGAGACUCGGACAUGAUGUUUGAUUCUUUGCUGCUGCUCCUGCAAAAAACUCUCCUGUUUGCUCACCUGAACUUCUUCAGCCUCGCGUCCCCGAGAGCGGAGCAGCGGAGGCGCGCGGACCGGACGGAGAUCCCGGGCCGCGCUGCAGCGGAAAUCAUGAUGCAGCAGCUCGUGCGUGGAGAUCUCCUCGAGGUUCCGCGCACGCUGUUCGUGCACUUCGGGAUCUACUUGGGCGACGGGAGAGUGGCGCACCUCAUUCCCGACAUUCUUCCGCUCCUCACGCGCGAUGAGCUCCGAGUCCGAGCGGUGGUGAGCAACAAGCGCCUGCUGCUGGGAGUGCUGUGCCGCAGAGCCGCCGUGCGCGUGGACACGUUUGAGGACUUUGUGUACGGGGCGCGCGAGCUGCUCAUCAACGCCAUGGACGGUGUGCUUGGGGUGCAGCCCGCGCCCAACGAGGAGGUCGCGCGCACGGCGGAGAAACUGAUCGGCGUGGUUCGCUACAGCCUUCUGUGGAACAACUGCGAGCACUUCGGCACAUUCUGCAGAUACGGAACCAAGAUCAGCCUGCAGACCGACAAGUUCUGUGAGCGAGUGAAGUCAGUGGUCCAAGAUCAGAGGAGUUUCUUUCUCACUGCACUCAUGACGAUCUUCUCCAUAUCCUUCCUGGGAACAUCUACAGCACUUCCUGUCCUUCUAAUGACCUUCAUCCUGUGGAUGGCUGGAUAACAGACUUUUAUCACCUGCAUUGGGUGUGUGUGUAUUAUUUGUGUUGUAGGAGUGUGUGUGCAUAUUUUUGUUUUGAUAUGUGUUUUCUGUGCGUGCAAGUGUGUGUGUGUGUUUGUGUGUGUGUGUGUGUGUGUGUGUGUGUGUGUGUGUGUGUGUGUGUGUUAACGUAUGAGUGUAGAGAUGAUGUUUUGUCUGCAGUCAGAAAUAAACAAGGAAUUUAAAACAA